CCUGUGCUGAUCACAUGCAUACACCAAACUGAGCAUGUGCAGAGUGACUCCACACAAUAUGUCUUAUCAGGAGAUAAGAAGGGACACUGGAAGAAGGGGAGGAUCAGAGAAGACAGGAACAAACAGCCUUUUUACACAAUGCAGAGGAUUAACCCCUUAGGUUACACAGUGAGUAUAACAAGCAUGCUUUACUGCCAGGGGCGGACUGACCAUUCGAGCACUCAGGCACUGCCCGAGGGCCCGGUGUC